GACAAGUAGAGUGGCUCGUAUCCAUUCGGCAACAUAUAUUCUUCAUUAUCAAGAAAAAAUAAGAUAUUCCUUGUUCAUUUCGCUGUUCAUGUCAAGUGAGUGAAACUCAAUUCUUCAAAAAUAAUUUCCCUUUAGGGUUUUAGGCGUCAAAUCCAAAGACGCCAAAAACCCUAAGAAAAUGAAGAAACUCAGAUGGGCAAUGGAUGGAGCAUUCUGGGAUCUUGAUAUAUCAACACCAAUAACAGUCGAUGGAUUAGCUAGACCAAUUCCUGGAGAUACAACUAUUCCAUUAGGUUUAUCAAGAGGAACUAAAUUAUCAAGACCUAAACAAAUUGAUUUUAUGCAACGUUUCAUGGCAAUGCCUUUUGUUCCAUCUUAUUCUGGUGAUUUGGAUAAAGGGGGAAAUGGGUUUACACUUCAACGCGUUCUUAAUCUUCCUUUAGGAGAAAAUUGGUUUGCCACUAUGUUAGGUCAGUUCAAUGUACAAAAAUUAGUAGCGUCUAUGAAGGAGAUUUCAAAACAGCAACCACAGGACUCCUCUUGGCGUAAGAACUUAGGGAAACAUUUUUGUGACAAAUCGUUAUAUGCUCUUGGGCUGUGCUCGGAGAUCUCAAUCGGACCAGAUGAUACGUUGCUUUUGAGUUCAGAAUUAAGUGGUGGUGAUAAGAAGUCUCGACGAAAUAAGGCAGUUUUUCACCACAAGUUUCUGCAGCAUAAUUUAACUGCAGAGGCAGUAUGGCCUGGUCUUUUUGUUGAUAAGCACGGUACCUACUGGGAUGUGCCGUUUCUGAUGGAAGUUGAUUUUGCGUCUGUUGCUUCAAAUUCUGGCACUAGUUGUCACUUAUGUGUACACCAUAAUAGUGGAUCUCCCAAGCAAUUUGAAGGUAAUCAAAUUGAUCAAAUACCACAAGUUCUACUCCCUGGGUUAUCUGUUAAGACUGCCUUGUCAUUCAAGAAGAAUGUUGAUGUAUGGAGAAGCAAAGCUGGCAAGCUGAAGAUGGUGCAACCUUUUGAUGUAUUUCUCUCUGAUCCUCAUAUCUCAGCAUCAGGAUGUAUCGGUACGGUGAUUACUGCAUCUCAUGGAGGUAACCCAGUGGGAUCACAAGGAGAAGAUGAGCCUCAUAGCGUUGGUGGCAUAAGUUUUCGUGGUGGUCCUGAUAACAAAUCAGCCAUUUUAGCAGAUCUAUUUGCAACCAUUUCUUGUACUGCUCAGCAUGGGAACUUUCAAAGGCUUUGCUUGGACCUUACGCGACUACAUGCUCGUCUGGAUUUCCCCUCGGGUUCCAAAUUUCUGACUGGGUCUGUGAAUCUGGCACGCGAUCUUUACAACUCAAAACCAUUAGAUAUGCAAGCAGUGCAGGCAAUUUGCCCUGAUAUCACAGUUUCUCUCCAGCAACAGAUAUUUGGGGAGUUCAGCUUCCGGAUGGAUUCAAAAGUUGCAUUGGACAUAAAAAGUAGAGAGAGCUAUGGUGCUCGUAUAGAUGAUACUAUAUUUGCGUUUGAAUAUGCAUUAAAAGUUCUUGGAUCAGCGAAAGCUGUUGCGUGGUAUUCCACAAAACAAAGAGAAGCCAUGGUGGAACUUCGUUUCUUCGAGACCUAACCAGAAAAACCAUUGCCCUCCCUUGUUAUCUACAUCCCAACCACCUCCAAGGAAACUUUGAGCAUCUCUAUUGUUCUUUUUUCUUUUCUUUUCUGUAUAAACUUUUAGAAACCAAUGGCCAACGGAAGGCAUGAACUAAACUGUUCACUCUCCCUAAUGAUCUAGUUUCUGUACUGUAGUCUGUGAUUUUUCACUUUUGAUCGAAGGAAGCAAUACAAGUGUAUAUAACAAGUAGAGAACAAAAAGAAAAAGAAGGCCUGGUUAUGUCAAAAGAAAAAAGAAGGCUUGGAGUCAAAGAACGGUUUUUUGGGACCAGCCUUUUUUU